GGUUUGAGGCCACUCUGGGCGAGUGGAUCACUUCACGUGACACAGUUAGGGACCGGAUUGUCGGAGAUCAGAUGAUAUAGUAUCAGGUGGACGGAGUAGACGGUUAUUCAUGUUACGAGGGGAGGAACAGGCAGAGCGGAAGUGCCGGUUGCUAUGGAGGUCACGUGUGACGUGCUCCGGAAGUAGCGGUCGCCACUGAGGGCGGGAUGCCGGUCGCUGUGCAGCGUCACCGCGGCGGGCCUGGUGCUCCGAGUCCGGCCAUGAAGGCGGUGCAGGAGGACACGGAGCCGCUGCUGGGGCCGGGACAGGACGAGGACCAGGGCGAGGGCGAGGGCCCGAGGAGAGCGGGCGGCCUCCACGAGGAGCUGGUGGAGAGCGUGUCGCUGUACCGCCGCCGGCCCUUGCCGCUGUACGGCACGCUGGGGCCUUUCGCCGCGCUCUACGCCGCCUGGCUCUACCUGUGGGUCGGCCACUACGGGGUCAGCCAGUACCCGGAGGCGGGCCUCAUCGCUCUCGCCGCGCUCGCCAUCCUGCACAUCCUCACCGUGCUGUCGGGGCACUGGUCUGUGCACGCUCAUUGCCUGCUCACUUGCACCGCGGAACCAAACCCUUUCAAGGCCACUUAUGCGAAGGUUGUUCCUACCGCUAACAAUGGGUCCCCUGAAUUGGUGCUGCUUCUACAUGACCAGGACACGAUUCAACAGAAAACCAUCUAUUUUGAGUUUCAAAAGAUUAAAUACUGGUUUGAUGAAGAUGAGAAUGAGUUCCUCCCUGUCGCUUUCCCAGUAGAUUUUCAAAUUAAUUUUUACCAGACUGCCAAAGGAUUCCAGGAUGAAAUAGAACUCAAAGAUGCCGAAAAGAAAUAUGGUAUAAACAAGGCUGAAAUGAUAGUUCCUGAAUUCAUGCAACUCUUCAAAGAGCGUGCCAUUGCUCCUUUCUUUGUUUUUCAGGUGUUCUGCGUGGGUCUGUGGUGCUUGGAUGAAUACUGGUAUUACAGUGUCUUUACCCUUUUCAUGCUGGUAGCCUUCGAAGCCUCCUUAGUGCAGCAACAAAUGAGGAACAUGUCAGAGAUCCGGAAAAUGGGAAACAAGCCCUUCAUGAUCCAGGUCUACAGGAAUAGGAAAUGGAGGCAAAUCUCAAGUGAAGAGAUUAUUCCCGGUGACAUUGUUUCAAUAGGUCGGUCACCUCAUGAGAAUCUGGUCCCUUGCGAUGUUCUGUUGCUCAGAGGGCGAUGUAUUGUAGAUGAAGCUAUGCUAACAGGAGAGUCUGUUCCACAGAUGAAGGAACCAGUGGAGGACGUUCCUCCAAAUCAGACACUGGACUUGCAAUCAGAUUCAAAGCUGCAUGUAAUAUUCGGGGGAACCAAGGUCGUUCAACAUACUCCACCCCAAAAAUCUAUUGCGGGACUCAAACCUGUGGAUAAUGGGUGUGCUGCCUAUGUACUGAGGACUGGCUUUAACACGUCUCAAGGCAAACUGCUGCGAACAGUCCUAUUUGGAGUCAAACGGGUUACUGCCAAUAAUCUGGAGACAUUUAUCUUCAUACUUUUCCUUCUCAUCUUUGCUAUUGCUGCAGCGGUAUACGUUUGGGUAGAAGGUACAAAGGACCCAAACAGAAACCGUUACAAGCUGUUUUUGGAGUGUACGCUAAUCCUAACAUCUGUUGUUCCACCUGAGCUCCCAAUUGAAUUAUCACUGGCUGUCAACACUUCACUUAUUGCCUUAGCUAAACUCCAUGUGUACUGUACAGAGCCUUUCCGGAUCCCCUUCGCCGGGAAAGUGGAAUUCUGCUGCUUCGAUAAAACAGGCACUCUGACAAGUGAUAACCUGGUGGUCAGAGGGGUUGCCGGACUCCGAGAGGGCAAGGAAUUGGUUCCCGUCUCGGACAUUCCCCUACAGACACACCGGGUGGUGGCGACGUGCCACUCACUGGUACAGAUGGAUGACGGCACAUUGGUUGGUGAUCCCCUUGAAAAGGCAAUGCUCACAGCUGUUGACUGGACACUCACAAAAGAUGAGAAGGUUUUCCCUAAAAGUAUCAAAUCACAAGGUCUGAAAAUCCACCAGCGCUUUCAUUUUGCCAGUGCGUUGAAACGCAUGUCAGUCUUGGGCUCCUACGAGACGAUGGGCUCCACGGACCUCCAGUACUUCAGCACAGUGAAGGGGGCACCUGAGACGUUGCGUAGCAUGUUCUCGGAGCGUCCAAGUAAUUAUGAUUCUGUCCACACGGAGAUGUCACGAGAGGGAGCAAGAGUAUUAGCCUUGGGGUAUAAAGAGAUGGGAUACCUCACUCAUCAGCAGGUUCGCGAAAUAGCCCGUGAGGAUUUGGAAACGAACCUGAAAUUUGCAGGCUUCAUGGUAGUCUCUUGUCCCCUCAAGAGUGAUUCAAAAGCUGUCAUUAAAGAGAUCCAGAAUGCAUCGCAUCAGAUGGUUAUGAUCACUGGUGAUAACCCGCUAACAGCCUGCCACGUGGCCCGUGAACUCUCCUUCCUACAGAAAGUGCACACACUCGUCCUCCAGGCACCACACGACAAAGGAGCUGAAUGGAAUUGGAGGUCAAUUGACGGCACAAUUCUUGUUCCCAUGAUUUUACCGACUGGUGAGCUGACCAAAGAUUACGACCUGUGUAUGACUGGAGAAGGUCUUAAUCACUUAAGCACAACGAACAAACCAUUCCUGAUGAAGCUUAUGCCUCACAUCAAGGUGUUUGCCCGGGUUGCACCGAAACAGAAGGAGUUUGUAAUUACCAGUUUUAAGAGCCUGGGUUACACCACCUUGAUGUGUGGCGAUGGAACUAAUGACGUCGGAGCCUUGAAGCAUGCUGAUGUUGGAGUGGCCUUGCUGGCCAACACACCCGAGCGAAUUCCGGACAAGAAAAAGAAGACAAAAGAGGGGAUAAACGAUGCAAAGUCGGUGGCUUCCAAUGCAGGCGGCAACAUGAAGUUAAGCUCGCGAGCAGCAAGGCACCGGUUCAUGUCACAGCGGGAGGAACAGCUUGCCCUGCACCGGGAGCGUCUCAACCAGGUGCUGAAGGACCUGGAGGAGGACCAGAUGCCUGUAAUUAAACUGGGAGAUGCCAGCAUUGCAGCGCCAUUUACUUCCAAGCUGUCAUCCAUCAUGUGCAUAUGCUAUGUGAUAAAGCAGGGACGGUGCACAUUGGUAACUACUCUGCAGAUGUUCAAGAUCCUGGCAUUGAACGCCCUGAUACUCGCUUACAGCCAGAGCGUUCUGUACCUGGAAGGGGUUAAAUUCAGUGACUUUCAGGCGACUCUGCAGGGACUCCUUUUGGCUGGUUGUUUCCUCUUCAUCUCUCGAUCCAAGCCAUUGAAGUCUCUGUCCAAGGUGCGACCACUGCCAAACAUAUUCAACCUGUACACCAUCCUCACGGUCCUGCUGCAGUUUGCUGUCCACUUCAUCAGCUUAGUUUAUUUGUACAAGACCGCACAGAAACAUUCUUCCUCCAGGAAGGACGAAUUUGCGGAUCUGUACAAAGACUUUGAGCCGAGCCUGGUGAACAGUACUGUCUACAUCAUGUCCAUGGCUAUGCAGAUGGCCACUUUUGCCAUCAACUACAAGGGUCACCCGUUCAUGGAGAGCCUGAGGGAGAACAAGCCUUUGCUGUGGAGUAUUGUUAUCUCUGGCCUCGCCAUUGUGGGCCUGCUCACUGGCUCCUCGCCAGAGUUCAACCAACAGUUCGGGCUGGUGGAUAUCCCGAUGGAGCUGAAGAUGGUGAUUGCGGGAGUGCUGGUGGUCGACUUCCUGGUGGCACUGGGGAUCGACCGAACGCUGCAGGCGUUGCUGGGCAACAGCAGAUGCCGCGUGCCUUCCUGAUGACUGCGAUGGCGGCCGGACCAACCUGAUCUCACCACACCGGUCCACGGCUGUGCUCUCCGGCAGGGGAAUGCAGGGUGGCAGCGGCUGAGCAAAAAGCCACUCCCCACUGGUGGACUUUUAACUCGCCAACGGUUUUCUUAGAUGGCUUUUGAUACAAAAAGACUGGUAUUUUCAUACCCAAACAAACAAUUUGGAGGUGAGAAAAUAAUAAAUCCAUGUGCAAUCUGAGAGUGUUUGUGAAUUCUGAGCCAUGGAAUGUGAAAUUUUCAUUCAUGCUACUAGGCUUUUGUUUUGUAAAACACAUCAUGAUCAUUGCCUUGAAUGGAUUUCUUUAACGGAAAGCUGAAGGUUUUGCUUGUUACUUUAUCUUCAGCCAGACCUGCAAUAUUGCACGAGAUGAAGAACAUGAUUUUACACUAAGAUUGUGCAUGCCUCCAACUUAGGCCUUUUCUCCACCUGCCACUCCACGGUCCCCUGUUGAAGGAUGAACCUUCAGCCGUUCAGGCUCUGAGGCUCGGGAAUUCUCCCCCUCAAGGAGGGGAAACAAUAAUUUAAGGUGCAGCUGAAAAGCUUAUCUCUGACGUGUGGCUGAGUGUCACAUUUUGAAAUGUUUUGCAAUAUAAAGGCAGCAAGUUGUCUGCUCAGGUAACUGGUAUACAUAUUCUCAACAUAAGCCCAGACCCUUGCUGUCUCUGUCUACUUGUGUGAUGUGCAGUAGCUAGCACAAGUUUUGACCCUGAGGAAGUGUGCCCCCCAGCUCAUGCAGCAGAUAAUGAUGCCUUGGAAUGAGCCUAUUUGUUCACCAGUUGUAGUAGAACACAACAUUUUCCAGAAUAAAACAUUUGGGUCGGGCAACGUUGGUUAAGGAUUAUGGAUUCAGAUUAGCAAUUUAGCACACUCCAAGUUCAGCUUCAGGUUAAGAUCAGGUGCUACGGAAAGCUGGACGAUUUGAUUUUUAAUGAACCAAGAUUACUUUACCACAGCACCUUUCUCACCUCGUGGUGCCCCAAUGCAUUGUUACAGAGCAGACAAUUUGUGUACUAUGCAAUGGCCAGGUGAUGUGUUGGAAGUAUAAACAUUGGGCCAGGACACUGAAAUGGGACACUUUACAGGUAAUUGAGCUUCAACUUUUCUCAAAGGAAGCUGGCAGAUAGCGAGGCGUUACUUCCCUCAGCAGUGGAGUUGGCCCAAGAACAAGACUCAUUUCCCUCUGGUUUAUAUUUUCAUACAAGUUCACUGUCAAAUGCCGAUUGCUCUGCAUGCACAUGUUGUUUGGCACGGCACCCUUCAUAAUAGCAAUCAAUGUCUGUUCCCAAAAUAAACUGAUUUUCCCAUUCCC